CCCCGUUUGAUGACAGCUGUGGCUGUUGCUAAAGGGAGGAGAAAAUCUCACGACGGAGGGCUUUUUAUCUCGUUCAUUCGCAGUUAGGACCUUUGGAGGACUGAAACGAGAACUAAACUGUAAAACCCACCCAUACUAGUCGCGACUGAAUUCAGUACUUCACACCAGCCGUCAUAUUAGUCGCGCCGUGGCUCAGCUGAACGAUGGUGAAGCCAGACAUUCACACUCUGGCCCACCACCUGAAGCAGGAACGGCUGUAUGUGGCGUCAGAGAAGCAACUCAUCCAGCGGCUCAACAACGAGGUCCUAAAGACAGCAGAGAGGCUCUGUCGCGCAGCCUGGAUCGCCAAACAGCAAAGGAUCAACCUCGACCGCCUCAUCCUCACCAGUGCCGAGGCCUCUCCUGCGGAAUGCUGUCAGCAUGCCAAGUUUCUGGAGGACACACAGUUUGUGGAUGGUUAUAAGACACUGGGCUUUCAGGAGAGCAUCUAUGGGGAGUUCUUGGGCCGCUUGAGGGAGAACCCGCGAUUGGUGGCAUCCUGUCUGGUGGCAGGAGAGAGACUCAAUCAUGAACACACGCAGGGUGUCAUCCACACAGUCUUCACCUCACUCUAUGGCAACUGCAUCAUGCAAGAGGAUGAAUGCUACCUGCUGCAGGUGCUACGUUAUUUGGUGGAAUUUGAGCUAAAGGAAAGUGACAACCCUCGUCGUCUGUUACGGCGAGGUACAUGUGCCUUCAGCAUCCUCUUCAAACUCUUCUCGGAGGGCCUGUAUUCAGCUAAGCUUUUCCUCACUGCAACCCUCCAUGAGCCCAUCAUGCAGUUGCUGGUAGAGGACGAGGACCAUCUAGAGACAGAUCCAGCCAAGCUGAUAGAACGCUUUACCCCAGCCCAGCAGGAGCGCCUGUUUGGGGAAAAAGGCACAGAUGAGUACCGCAGAAAAGUUCAGGCAGCGGUGGAGGCCAACGAAGCCAAGCUGGUGGCCCUGGUCAAUUCCUUUAUCGGCUACCUGAAACAGAACACCUAUUGCUUCCCACAGAGUCUGCGCUGGAUUGUGUCUCAGAUGUAUAAGACGCUGGCACGUGUGGAGAGGUUAGAGGUCGGGGAGGUGAGGACGAUGUGCACCGACUUGCUGCUCACAUGCUUCAUCUGUCCAGCCAUCGUCAACCCUGAACAGUAUGGCAUCAUCUCAGAUGCACCCAUCAACGAGGUGGCACGUUUCAACCUCAUGCAGGUAGAGAAUAAUGGUAUGUGUGUUUCUGCGUUUUUGGACGUCGUCAUUGGUGGAAGAGCUGUCGAGACUCCACCUAUGUCUUCAAUGAAUUUACUAGAGGGCCUCACACGGACGGUGGUUUACAUGACUCAUAAUCAGCUUUUAGCUGUGGUGGACUUUGUGCGUAGUGUUACUGCAGGAGAUCAGCUCAGAGAAGAAGACCACCUUGCUCUGGAAACCCUAUUAGCCCAUGUACCUCAGUCCCGCACGACAAAGAGCAACAGCCUGGAGCUCACGCCCUCUAACACGCCCCAGCUCUCCCCAGUUACCACACCCGCCAACAAGAAGAACAGACUCCCUAUUGGCUCUCGCAGCAGAAGCCGAUCUAACAUGGCCCAGGAGGGUGAGACUGAAGCCAGCUCUCAGGAGUCUCUGCAGGAGGUCACACCUGAAGAAGUGCUAGUCAUCUCGCUGGGAACCUCACUCCAGACCAUACCUGGGAUGAUGUCUGAAAAUGAGGUUCUGACUCUGCAUCUUGGAGAUGGUGGACAAGGAGACGCCCCAGCUGAUGACACCAAACUGCAUGGCAAACCUGACAAAACGCUGCGCUUCUCACUCUGCAGUGACAACCUGGAGGGCAUUUCUGAGGGGCCGUCUAACCGCUCCAAUUCAGUCUCUUCUUUGGACUUGGAGGUAGAGUCUGUGUCAGAAGGAGGACCAGGGCCGUCUGGUAGCAAUGGUGCAGAGGCCUUGCAGCUACUGGAACAUGAACAAGCCACUACACAGGAUAAUUUGGAUGAUAAGCUGCGUAAGUUCGAGAUUCGGGACAUGAUGGGACUAACAGAAGACAGAGACAUUUCUGAGACUGUCAGUGAAACUUGGAGCACUGAUGUCCUGGGCAGUGACUUUGAUCCCAACAUGGAUGAGGACCGACUACAGGAGAUAGCAGGGGCUGCUGCGGAGAACGCAUUGGGCAGCAUGCUGUGUCUGCCGGUGCUUCUGGAUCCGUACGGUUCUACCAUCUCUGAGACGACGAGUGAGGCGUGGAGUGUGGAGGUUCUGCCGAGUGACUCAGAAGCUGCAGACCUGAAGCAGGAAGAACGACUGCAGGAGCUGGAGAGCUGUUCAGGUGUGGGUAGCACUUCAGAUGACACCGAGGUCAGAGAGGUCAGCUCCCGACCCAGCACCCCGGGACUCAGUGUCGUUUCAGGCAUCAGUGCCACGUCUGAGGACAUCCCCAAUAAGAUUGAAGACCUACGCUCAGAGUGCAGCUCAGAUUUUGGAGGCAAAGACUCCGUGACCAGCCCAGAUGGAGAGGACUCUGCUCAUGGAGCUCACAGUCUAUCCUGUGCACCCUCUCAAACAGAUUCACUGCUGGCCAUGUUCGAUCCUCUGUCCUCUGGAGAAGGUUCAUCCACUGGCACCAUUGUGCGGCCCAAGGUGCACUAUCCCCGGCCCCCUCACCCUCCCCCUGACCCGCCCAUUCCAGAGGCCAGCAUAACAGGCUACCAGGAGCCUCGUCCACCCCUCUUCGCCCCCCACCUGGUGCAGAGUGACCUGGAGCAUCCCAAACAGAGGCACUCUUACCCUGAAAGGCUGGUCAGGAGCCGCAGCACAGAUGUUGUGUGCGCUGGGCGCAGACCCAACAGUGAUCCCGGACUGAACCGCAGGACCAUGAUGGAGGAAAGAGACCCGGCUGGGGCUUAUUCCACAGGACCCACCUCCUCUCCCAGCAAGGAUUCACUCAAAGGAGAAUCUGAGGACAGAAAGGAUAGCGAUGAUGAGAAGUCUGAUAGGAACAGACCCUGGUGGAAGAAGCGCUUUGUUCCUGCCAUUCCUAAAGUGUUCUAUUGGACUGCAGAGGGUGAACUCCCAGUGCCGAUCUCAGGGCUCAGAAAGCGGGACAAGCCUGAAAAAGACGAGCAAGGAGUGGAGAGGGUACCACAAGGUAUACCAGAUGAGCCUUCAGCGCUCAGGCAGAGCUCUAAGACCCAGUCAGCAGAGGCAAUAAUGGACAAGUACAAGUACAUCAUGGAGAAACGACCCACUCAUAGUGAUGGGGCACUUGCUGGAACUUAUGUUGGACAAGAGCCUUGUAGAGAAGUAGACAGUGAGCACGACUCCCCUAAAGAUGAAGCUCUGCAGAACAUCUCAGCAGAUGACCUUCCAGACUCUGCCAGUCAGACAGCGCCACCUCAGGACAAAACAUUCUCCUUCAGUGAUAUUAAGAAAAAGCUACGCCUGGCGCUGUGCUCUGCAGAUUCGGUUGUAUUUCCCAUCAUUCCACCAGCAACAACACGUAACGGUCUCCCAGACCAUGCAGAUCCUGAAGACAACGAGAUUGUGUGCUUUCUGAAGGUGCAGCUGGCGGAGGCCAUUAACCUGCAGGAUAAGAACCAGAUGGCUCAGAUCCAGGAGACUACGCGCUGCGUCAGCCACCUCGACCCCCGCACCUGCAGAAAACUGCUCACUGCCAUGGCAGAGGACUACAGGAAACGGGCUCCGUACAUUGCCUAUCUGACGCGGUGCAGGCAAGGCCUGCAGACAUCUCAGGCUCAUCUGGAGCGACUCCUGCAGAGAGUGUUGAGAGAUAAAGAAGUGGCCAACCGCUACUUUACCACCGUCUGUGUCCGACUGCUCCUGGAACACAUGGAGUCAAAGAUGCUUGACUUCAUCAAAGCAUUUCAGGGCUGCACAGCAGCUGAUGAUAAGACAGCAGCCGUGGAGGAUUUCCUGCGUUACCUGUAUGGAGCCAUGGCCCAUGAUGCCAUCUGGCAGUACGCCAGUGAAGAGCAGCUCCAGGAUGCCCAGAUGGCCAUCGAACGCAGCGUCAUGAACCGCAUCUUCAAACUGGCAUUCUACCCCAAUCAGGAUGGGGACAUCCACAGAGAUGAGCUAUUUCUGGAGCACAUUCAGCGUCUGUCCAAAGUGGUGACAGCCAAUCACAAAGCCCUGCAGAUCCCGGAGGUCUAUUUGAAGGAGGCACCAUGGCCCUCAGCACAGGCUGAGAUCAGGACAAUCAACGCCUAUAAGACCCCAAGAGAUAAAGUACAGUGCAUCCUGCGCAUGUGCUCCACAAUUAUGAACCUGCUCAGCCUGGCCAAUGAGGACGCUGUACCCGGGGCUGAUGACUUUGUCCCAGUGCUCGUCUUUGUCCUGAUUAAAGCAAACCCUCCCUGCCUUCUGUCCACCAUUCAGUACAUCAAUAAUUUCUACGCCAGCAGACUGAGCGGAGAGGAGUGCUAUUGGUGGAUGCAGUUCACUGCUGCCGUGGAAUUCAUUAAAACCAUCGACGAUCGCAAGUGAAGCAGAACAGCCACCUGUAUGGACAGACUGUAGGAAAGAGAGAGCGAGAGAGAGAGAGAGGACAGCGCGGAUGUCUACUCUCCCCUUCAUCGCCUUCAGAACACACAGCGUGGCAUCGCCUCAGUCUGUAUAGCUGUACAUAGAGGCAAAAACACUUCAAGUUUAAAAUCGAUUAAACAUUAGAUAUGAUCAUGACAGGUUUUACAUGCGCUGGGGUAUUAAACGAAUGAAAACAAAUAAUGGGGCAGGUGGCGACAUUGCCACUCUCUACUGAUCUUGCUUAUAACCCACGUCUUUUUCUGUAGUACUGGGGAGGUGCUGGGGCUUAGAAUCAAAUUUUAUAUUAAACAGAUUUAGCAAGUAAUUAGCUCUGUUAAAACAUACCUAUCAAAUGAAAAAGGGACCAGGAUAUACCUGCAUCGAUUAUGUGUCGGGACGCUUCUGAGGGGAAUCCAUGAUUCUAUCCUCCUUGUAUAAACCGUGCAAUCUCACCCUGUUCAAAGCUAACAGUCACACGCCGAGUCAUAUCAAAGAACGCAUCACUAUAGAUGCUGCCAAUGUAUCAAUGUUACAGUUUAUCAAAUUAAACAUGCCAUUAUUUUAAUAGGGCAGCUUGUUCUAUGAAUGUAAACAGGUGUUGUCAUUAUUGUACAUUCAUUCUUUCCUACGUUUCCCAGACAAUUUGGAAAUAAGGGCCCACAUAUUUAUAUAAAAUAAAAUGUAUUUAUUACUUAACUCCUGUAUUUAAUGUUUUAUUUUAUUUACUGACCUGUUCCAUGAAUUAGUUGUUGGGCAGAUGCACACGGUCCGGUUGAGGAAACAAGUUCUAGAAAUGUUCAAUCUCACAGAGAGCUGCUAAAAUGGUUGUCUUCACAUUAGCGGAUAGAGUUGUAAAUUAGUGCCUUGCAGAUAUUUGCAGUAACACUUGUUCUUUUAGUUUUGGUGGAUUUUCUGCCACAUUUCGGGUUUUUUGCGUCUUCCUUGAAGUGAGGAAGUCGGAUCUGUCGGAGUCAAGCCUGGCUAAACGUCACUAUGCUAUUAAUAACAAACCUGAAAGAAAAAGUACAACUUGCCAAGUAGAAACACCCUCCACAUUUGGUCUUUCAGUAUGUGGAUUGUUGUUUGUGUUGAAUAGGUGGAGAAUUGGCUGCUGGGUCUUACAGUAUGGUAUGGUUUUGUUGAGUUUGCUGUUGACCUUUUCUUGUCUUUAAAUUCCAUGUAUUGUUUCAAGAGUUUUACUUUUGUAGGAUUAUAUCACUGUUAUUUUUAUAAUGCAGUUCCCAAGUUAAACUAUGAGUUUGGAGGAAUAUUUUUGUGUAAUUUGAGGUUCAUUCUCUGGAAAAAAACUCCAAUGAUUGUACCUUUAGGUGUACAACUGCUUGUCACUGGGAUGUACCCUCAGAGGGACACCAUAUUUACCACUAAAAGGUUCAUAGUAGUACCUUAAAUGUACAUAUUGGUACUCUAAAGUACUAAUACACAACUAUUAGGGGUGGAUAAGGUACAAACUGGUCCCUUUAAAAGCUGUUGUACCUCUUAAGGUAUCAUUUUUGAUUUUUUUUCUGACAGUGUUUUUUUGAACUUAGAUAGCAAAGAACAUUUUAACACUGUGGCAUCAUUAUCAAUGCUAGUGUAUUGAUGUUGAGGAUAAUAUAUGUAUUGAUACAGGCUACCUCGUGUCAUAACCCCGUCACAGCUAGCACAUAUUCUUCAUAACAGUUUUUGCUGUUGAUAUCAAAUGAAUAACAACACAGUAUAUUAUUUAAACAGGAAUAUUUAAUAUCAUGCUCUGUGUUAUUCUUAAAUAAUCUUUAUUAGAUCCAAACUUCCCACUAACCUUUGCACACAAGUAGAACAUGGGCAAACAAAACGUAUCCUUAAUAUUUAAUGUGGUUUCAGAGUUUCCUGCUUCAAAUCUGUCUUUCAGUGUUGCUCUUAAACAUCUGAAAGCAAACACUGAGGGCUUGGUGUUGAUUUUGAUUUUGGUGUUUGAAAUAUAGUAGAUGCACUUAGAACAAUUAGUUCUACCUCCAACUGUGUACAUAAAGGGAUGAAUAAAAUGUUGUAGUGUGUUUAUUUCCACUAGCUUUUGUAGCCUUUAGAGCUCUGUAUAUACUUUUUUUCUGUCUUUCUGAUUCGAAUGGUGCAUGAAUUCGGUAUUGCCGGUUACUACCACGUAUCUCUCUCUUGCACAAACUGAAAUACAAAGAGCAUCAGCUACAAGACUCUUAAUUUGCAGAAAGUUUGUAUAAUAUAACAUUUAUAUUCUAUAUAAUAGAUCAUUUAUAUUCUAUAUAAAUGUUAUAACAGAAUAUAUUAGUUUUGUUCCUUUUUAAAUUAUAUUUUUUUUUCUCUCGCCUUUUCAACAUUUUCUGCAAUGUGGAAUCGGGUGUUUAUUGAUUGAACAUCUUAAUAUUUCACAUUUUUGUGUAUAAAGCCUGUCCUAAGGGUUGUGUAAACUGUGGCAAAUAUUUAAAGAUCUUGAUUUAAUUUUUUUUUCUCUCUGACAGUUUGCUUGAGAUUGAAAGGCUGGUGUUUUUGGUCUUCUGCAUUUUACUGGAAGAAAUAAAAGGUGACGGCCUCAGUGUGCAAAUAUUCUAACCUAAGACGAAUUGCAUAAUCUUUGAGAUUUCCAAUAGGAUCAUUUUAAUUAAACCAAUGAGAGCGUUUGAAUAAAAUACACUACUAUUCAUUUGAUCACUGUUUUAGCAAAAGAGACUCCAGAAAUGAUUAACUGGUGUAAACAGGGUUGUGAGGUACUAAACUGAAUUGAACUGGGUUAAUAUCUGAACAGUAUGUUGCGUUGUACUCAAUCUGUAUUUAAGACCUUUAUAAUCCUUACCGUACCAUGAUGGUCCACUGUUUUGAAGAGCAUGCUAAGAGAAUUAUGGGUAAUGGCUUGCAUUUGUAAGCUUAUUCACUUGGGUUCCUGUUGGGAAGGCAUUCUGUGUGUUACAGUAUUGGGAUUUAAUAUAAACCUGUACAUAAUUCUUUAAAAAAUAAUAAUAAAGACUUUCUGUGAACAUGCAA